ACUGGGUGUGGGUGAAUCACUUUAGCGCCACAGAUUGUUCAACCACUGUUUUCUCUUCUUCUCUCCAUCUCAAUCUUUUUAAUGGUUGGAACGUGAAAUUUAAAAUCUAAUCCAAUGGUUGUUUCGUUGAAUUCACUCGUCUCCUUCAAUUCCACGGCUAACCAUCAAACCGCCCCACGAGUGUGCAUAGGAGCGCCAAUACUAAAGGCCAAACAUUUCUCAUCCGGUUCUCGAACACUUGUUUUCGGUAAACCAAUACAUACAAGAAAUGGAAAGCCUCUUUUAGUUGCAAACAGCGAUCGCAUCACAACAGAAACCAGUGACAAAACUUCAGAUAUAACCGAAACAUCCAUUUCCAACAAUCAACCGUCACCUACUUCUGAAACCGAGCCUUCUGAACUGAAACAAGACACAUCAAAUGGAGACAUAAACAGUUCCCCUAAAAGAUUGAAAUUAACAGCAAGAGAGAAACUAAAGGCAGCAAGAGUUCGUAACCGUGACUCAGAACCAAAAGCCGCUGUUAAGAAACCAGAACUUGGAAGCAAAGUGCUUGAAGCUUUGAGGGAAACAGACAGAGCUACUGGGAAAAAGAGAUCUGGUCUUCCGGAAGCACCGACAAACUUGUUAGAUGACAGCAAACGAGGAAUGCCGAAAAAGGGUCUGACCUUCGAGCUACCGGUUGGUUGGGAUGUGUUUCUUAUUAUCACUUCUGUUGUUGUGAUCAGCACCAUAAUGUUUACAACAACUUACAUUGUUUGGAAGGUGGGUGCUAUUCAUUUUAAUGAAUAUUAGAAUUUUGUUUCUUGUUCAAGUUAAAGCAAGUCAUAUACUUGAAUGAAUAUAAGCUUCUUUUUAUCUUCUGGUUCAUAGAAAACAUUACAGU